CCAUGCAAACACCACUCAAGCACCACCACCACCUCCUCCUUCACCUCCUUCUGCUCGUCUUGUUCAGGCACGGCUUGGCGCAGCAGUAUGAGGAGGAAGGUAUGUGUAGCUGUCUAAUGGGCGUGUACCUGCAGACUGGGAUAGCGGACACAGUAGAGGUGCCUCACUGGUCCCCUAUCAACUGUAGCGACUCUGCCAUGUGCGUGGAGGAGUGUCAGGCUGAGUGGGUUAUGACAAUGGGUGACGCUGAUCUGAGAGGAUUAUACCGCUACCAGAUUACCUACGGACAGCUGAUGUGCAAUGUUCUAUACAUCUACCAUAACGUUGGAACCAUUCUCUCUGCUAAGGUGUUGCAGUACGUGGACCUGUGUGGCACCAUUUACAUCAACCCCAAUCACACACACACCUCGACCUGUGUUGUGAGAGGGGAGCAUACCAGGCGUGCCCUCCCCUCCCCUCCUACAUUAAGCUCCCCACCUAUCCCACCCCUAUCACCACCACCACCACCACCACCUCCACCACGCCUGCUACGACUACUACUAUGAAGACGACUAGAAAGACUCCUGCUACUACUGCUUCUACUUCUACUACUACUGGUACUAGCAAAACUACUGCAACUGCUACUUCAAAGAUGACGACUAAAACGACUCCUACUUCAAAGACGACGACUAAGACGACUCCUACUUCAAAAAUGACGACUAAGACGACUCCUACUUCAAAAACGACGACUAA